AUGGAAACGGUCUUUCCGCCCGAAAUAUUCGACUUCAUCAUUGAUUACCUAUGGGAAGACCUGUGGGCUCUCAGAGCAUGCAGUCUGACCUGCCGGGCUUGGCUGCCCACUACGCGUUUACACAUGUUCAACUCGGUUUAUCUGAGUGGCGCGCGUCGGUAUCUGCCAUUUGCAGACCUUCUGACCGCCUCUGCGACGUCCCCCAUUGGAUUGGCACACUACGUCCGCGAGCUGACCCUAAACGACGCCAUUUCUGAAGAAGCUUUCAUCGCGUGUCUACCAUCCCUGGCGCUCCUGUAUAACGUCGACAUUCUCAUAGUGGACAAAAUGCCGUGGGAGUUCCUUGAGCGACAGCUCACGGCCGCGGUCUUCCCCAUGCUGAAGAUGCUCAAACUGCGAUGCACGUCAGUGGAGAAUAUCAACAGCUUGUAUCGAUUCCUGUUCAAUCAUUCUAAAUGCAAGAUAGUCCGCAUCUUCGUCGCCUCAUACUUCCCCUGGUCUGAGGUGCAGCAGCUGUCCCUACCAGAGAUCCAAACGGGAGAGCUCUCACUGGAAGAACUGGUUCUGAAGACACCCUCACCUCUAGAAUCACAUGCCGCCCUAGUCUCUUUCAUGUUGAGAGCGCAAGUACACCUGCAGGUACGGAAGUUCCAAUGGGCUAGUGCAGGAAAGGGGGUAGAAAGGGACGGUCUGAGAGAUCUGCUCCAGAGAAUCGGAGAGUCACUUGAAUACCUGAGUCUGAUGAUAUAUCCAUCGGUAUGUGAUCGCAGCGGUAAACAGGAAGACACAUCGAUCACCAACCUCUCUCUAGCACACAAUUCACACCUGCGAUCCCUUGAGAUUGUUUGCCCAGGAAACAGGACCCAAUCCAGAUGUUCUUGGGUAUCAAACGUGCUCGACCUGAUAACUCCCAUACACGCUCGUCUCCAGCAGAUCACCUUCAUUAGUCGUGGAUCAUUCGAGAUCUACGUAGCGUCAUUAGAUUGGCACCACAUUGACGCAUCGCUCGCUCGGUUGCUCCACAUGCUCUCCCAGCUGCAUGUUGCUUUCGACCUCCGUAAAGUUCCAGGACAUUGGACUCAGGCAGAAGUCUCCGAGGAGAUCUCUGCCAAGCUGCCGGAGGCCCGAGCACGAGACGUCUCCCUAUCUUUUGUUGUAACGUUGCUACACCGGUGA